CUACUGCUGGUUUUCUUAGCAACAGUCGCAAUGAAAAUUUGGCGGGCAGUGGAAAGAAAUUCAAAUACCAACUAAACCCUAGCGGCCCCAUACCUUUCUGUGUAACACAUUCUCUCGCUAGCCCCUGCCUCUGCACUUCUCUCUACAUUUUUGUUACAAGUUUUUUCUCAGUUUUCUUUUAAUAUCGAUUUUGGUGAAUUUUGAGAAUUCAAUAAUAAAUGGCUGACGAGUUGUCUGAUAUGUAAUAAUGUUUUAAUUUGUAAUUGGUAUUUGUUCCCAUUGGGACGAAAGUGAAAAUUCUGAUAAAGUAAAUAAGGAUUAGCAGAAGAAUGGGAAAAGUGUCGCCAAAAGAUGAGGCAAGAACUCCCAAACAAAAAAAGCGGUUGCGGAACUCCAGCAAUAGGUAUCUUAAACCUGGAGCACUUGCUCAGCUUCGUUAUCAUAGGGCCUCAACUGCCAAGCCAUGUACUGAUUUGGGGAAAAAAAGAGUUGCUGUUUUUGAUUCCAAGAAGGUAGAGAAUGAGGAUCCUGAGAUUGAAAACAGGGGUAUUGAUAGAAGCCCUAUGAUGUUAUCGCCUGUAGAUUUGCUUAAGCAGAAUCAUUUGAUGAGGACACCAAAGACACCUAGAGAAGAAGAUUGUGAAUCAGAGUCAAGGCUAGAGGCUCUUCCAAUGGAUUUGCUGGUCAAAAUACUUUGCCACUUGCAUCAUGACCAACUGAGGGCAGUCUUUCAUGUUUCUAAAAGGGUCAGAAAAGCUGUUGUGAUUGCAAGGCAACUUUACUUCAAUUACACCACACCUGAUCGCUCUAGGCAAGAGAUGUUGAGAACUAUGACCCCACGACCAACUGAGCACUGGCCUUUUGUGACCAAGGGGGGUGAAGGAAAGGGUGCUAUAUUGCGAAGUCCACAUACCCCAAAAGCACCUAGGCAUGGUCCCCGGCCACCUUCUCGUAUCAAAAUCACUGAAAUGAGACAAAUUGCUGCUGUUCUCUUCCAAGAUUCGGCAUUUUCUUCAAGGUGCAUGGUACCAUCUGUUUUGUCAAAGCCCCUUUGCAAAUCUUUAGCUUCUAAUCGAGUUCUAUUCUAUGAAGAUGAGUUAUGCCAAGCUGUUGCUCAGAAUAAGCUUCGUUGAUCCUGUUGAUCCCAUUUCAUGGCAACCUUCUCAUUGCCUUGUCUCUCGCCAUAUGUAUAUAGUUUGUUUCCUGGUCUCAUAGUUUGGGAUGUGGUUAGUGUAGGGUGUAUGCGAUUUUGUAGCUUUGUUGGGCAGUGCUAGGCCAUAUGGAACUAGAGUUCUUCAUUAGAGUUCUUCAUUAGGAUUUGAAAGCUUUAGAUGAUGAUCGUGGGAAUAAUAUAUUUGAAACUGGUUACUUGUAUAUUCUCAAUAUACAUUUGAAAGAAUGGCUUGUUUUCUUUGCAACGGUCUGGUGGUACUAGUAUUUCUACCACUCACCAGUAAUUCCAAAGUAUUAUUGCUAUUUCAA